AUGGAGCGUCAGCAGAUCUUUGCACAGGUCAGCACAAGUUUUGAACUUGUACAGAGCUCGACUAACGUUCCGCAGCUGAAGCAACCAUGCAUCGAGCUGUUGCAGGUCACAGCCACCCUCGCUCAAAGGCCAGAUGGACGUAAAGAUCUUGUCCAAAAUUUGUCCAAACUGCUCAACGCUCUUGAGGCGCUGAGUGUUAAGCCAGACGCGAUAGACUCAAGACUGUCCGAAUAUGUCUUUGUACCAAUAUCCCAAGUCCUAAGAAUCUCCCGCACAGUACCUGUCCGUGCGUUGGAACUCUGCCUGCAAUGCAUCUCGAUCCUUCUUCGAACAGGAUGGGGAGGAUCCCUGGCCCCGGAGCUAUCAGGACAGCUACUCAUCCUAUUUACGUUCAUGGCUAAACCGUCCUCUACCGAUAGUGGUGUCGCAGGAUCAUCGGAAGAGCUGCAAUCUUUGGCCCUCAGAUGCACCACUGAGCUCUUCACUGAAUCUUCCCGGACUAUCAAGGGCAAGCAGCAGCUUGCUGCAACGUCGAAUAUUCCCGCCUUAGGAGAAUCAGUAUUAGUGAUGCUAGAUAGCCUCACUGAUAGCAAGUCCAACAGCGUGCAGCUCCAGGCCAUUGCUGCAACAUCAGCCCUAGUCGCUGCAGUCGACGACCUAGACGCUCUUGCCAGCUUUCUCCCAAGGAUAGUAUCAUCGCUUACAAAGGUCUUGACCAGCAGCAGCUCUAACCGUGCAAGUUUCCGUGUGCUUGAGCGUGGCCUCGACGUCAUGUCGGUCCUUUUCCUACGUCUACUGGGCGACCAAGCAACCAACGAUCUGCCCAAAUCAUUACCCGAAGCUUCACAGAAUGGCAGCAAGACCUUACGAUCGGUUUCAUGGCUACAGGCGACCGCUUCUCAGAUCAAGAUUGCUCUCGGCAAUGUAUUGAAACUGCGAAAUCACGAUAAGUCUGAGGUGCGGCAAGCUCUACUUAGACUCUGCACUACCAUCGUACAAGAGUGCCGGAUCUCUCUUGCAGAUUGCGUCAUUAUGGCUGUGGAGACGAUGGUCAUACUGGCAGGGCGUGGGGGCUCACUUGAUACGACUGAGAGAGACUUGAAGAUGAUGCUCUUCACUGAUGUCAAGCUUUCUGAUCUCCUAAAAGAGAGUCUACAUGGUUGGAUAAUAUCCUUGCCUAGGCUGAUGCAAUCCAAAGACGACGCCGGGCGGCGCCAAGUGAUUCACCAAAUCUCCACUACGCUGCGGCUGUUUGAUGAAGACCAGGUCCUCGUAGACGAUCUGCUCGCAGACAAUCUUCGAGACGGCGUGUCGGCUGUCUUCAACGAUUCCAAAAGCGGAGAAGCCAUAAGAGAAGCAGCACCAAUUAUCUCUUUCGAUCAACAGCUGGCUCCUGGGACGGCUGCUUCAGCAACAUUCCCACCUCUUCAGUUUCGUUUGAAAGGGCAGGACGACAUGGUGAAGGAGUUCAGAGUAUUACUUAGCGAACUCGCCAAGUCCAACUCUGCCGUUACAAUCACCCAAGAGCUCGUCAACGUCUUGGAUGUUGGAACGCAAGAGAGCCGAUUAUCAUCAUUUUGGAUCUCUGUCAAUCUGCUCAGAGAUACCUUGCAUUUUAAACCCUCUUUAGACGACUUUGUGGACUUCGGUGGCUCAAACGCUCAGGAAGAGCUUCUUGAUGACCUGUAUUCACACGCAUUAACGGUCCUCAGUCCGCAGAAUACCACCUCGAGUCAUCACUGGCACUUUCAAGCGCUUGCAUUGGAAGUCUUUGCGUUACAAGCAGCACGUUACAAGACCGGGUUCCAAGCCGAACUGACAGAAACAUUGUAUCCUGUGCUGCACUGCCUGGGUAGCUCCAACGCUGAGCUUCGAAAUCAUGCAAUCACAUGCCUCAACAUAAUCGCCGAAUCAUGUGGGUACGAGAGUGCCGGCGAGUUGGUCAUCUCAAAUGUGGACUACAUCGUUAACGCUGUUGGCCUCCGUCUCAGCUACGGAGACGUCUCGCCACAAGCACCCCAGGUCCUCCUCAUGAUGAUGCGCCUAUGCGGUCCAUCGCUUCUUCCAUACCUGGAUGACCUUGUAGGAAGCAUAUUUGGCGCUUUAGAGAGAUACCACGGCUAUCCAAGUUUGGUUGAGCUGCUUUUCUCUGUCCUGAAAGGUAUGGCCGAGGAAGGAGUAAAGGCACCGCAGUUGGCUAUCACGUCGUCCGCUGUGCAGAAAUUCGAGGAACCCGAAAUCCCAGAUAUCCUCCAGCAGCUCAAGGAUCUCGAACGCCGCACCCACGAGCAAGCUCAAGAGCUGGAAGAGCUACCACGGGGCGCCUUCCCACAAAGACCAUGGAAGGACCUUUCCCCAGAGACCUUCAUCGACCCCUCCACGCCCUCAGAAGAGUCAUCUCAACCGGAGGAACCCCCCUAA